UGAUAAGAAUGGUGGAUCCGUGUGCGAAAAGCAGGGGCUGGGGUGUCCCACAUACACGGAGCCGUGAUUGUCUGUGAUAAGGCCAGAAUUACCAACAUGUUCACCAUGUGGAGAGCACUGCUAGUCUUAGGCAGUGUUGCCACCACAUCAGUGUAUGGAGCUCUACCUCCGGGCUGUGUCCAUCUUGAAGACCAUCCGCUGGACUCUGCCAAUCCGGCGUCCAUCUUUGGUUCCAACAACGAGCUCACUGCAAAAUCCAAACCCACCCGAGUUGGGAACCUGCGCUCCAAGGCCGCCAUUCCGACACACCAUUUCGCAACCAAUCAGAUAAAACAACACACGGUGCCUGUCAGACUGUUUCCCUAUGAAGGUACGCUGGAGAACAACGGCGUCACCUAUGACGCGUACACGAUGGACAGAUGGACAGACACCAAAAGGACGGACUUCAUGGACCAACAGUCUGCAUGGAAGAAGGGCGAGCCGUGGUCUCGGCUCCUUGACCUUGGCUCCAACAUGAAACAGAUGGUGGCAGGGCCGGACGGAAACCCCAUGGGCGUGUUCGAUGGCAACUCAGGGGUGAAGGUCGGCUACAGCAACAUGGGGGAACCGGUGAUGACGGACUUCGGGGACUUGUACGCUAACUUCCGGUACGGAGGCGGGGGAGGCAGCAUGGAGGUGCCCCUCGUCCGUGGUGCCACCCUGCUGACACACAUCAUGCACACAGCUAACCCCGUCAUCACACCCUACUGCCUCAGUUCAGUCAAUGGGAAGUCGGUCAACAAGUUCCACUGCCCAAUGGAAAACUCAGCUAGGGACGGCGGCAGCGGCUACUUGGAGGGGUCCUGCCACGGCAGCACGCUGACCAUCAAGGUGCACAGCACCAAGCCCAUCCUGGACAUCAGCAAGUUGCAGUGGGCAGCCGAGAGGAAGUCCACCUGGUCCAGUGGGCAGCAUGGCAUGCAUACAUGUGACCACACCCACUGCCAGAGUCUCGAUGGAGGGAAGACCGUCCAGAUCACCAUCUCCGGUGCAUCAGGCGCAAUGAGUUUUGCGGUGAAUUACAUUGGCCACUACGUGCUGCCCUGGGCUUGGGGGGACCACCCCAUGGAGGCCACCUGCUCGGGGGCGGGGAAGCGAGAUGACCGCCAGCGGAGGGGUCCGGAGGACAUCUCCAUGACAGCACAAUGUGAUGCGCACAGGAAUCUUGUCAUUCAUGUCGAUGUUGCUGGUAAUAAUAUUCCUGGCAUCAACAAGCUGCAGUACGCUGCUGAAGACGAGGCCCACUGGAAGCCUGCCCCACCGAUGCACACUUGUCAGACAAGCACCUGCACCAGGUCUGGGUCAGUCAUCACCAUCAGGACCAAAGUCUCCGCCAGUGUUGUCAACCUUGCCCUGAACAUCAUUGGCUAUACCACCCUGCCCCACCAGCAAUGGAUUGCCAGCCCCUAUGUCGUACACUGCCCCGGGACCCAGGUCUCCAGUGGGAAGACUUCCACAAACCCGGGACAUCAGAACACGCCAGCACCGGCUUCACCAGCUCCAUCUCACCACACCAACAACAACCACCAAACUGUAACACUGGCCCAGAACACCAAGUUCUUGAUGGAACUCGACGAACCCGGUGACAGCGUGCCCAAGCAGACGCGAAAGUUUGUCGUGUUUUUCUCAUCUCCAGUGAAGGCAAACGUCAACUCGGGCACAAGUUCUAUCACAUUCGAGCCUGUGCAUGGUGGAAAGUACAGCGGACUUGUGCAGCUGGGAUAUCUUGGGGCGGGUCCAAGGGGAGACAACUCUCAAUCAAAUUAUCUUGAUUCGUAUACAGGGCGUUACUCCUACAAACCAUCAACCUCUUACUGUGUGAAUGACGCACAGCAAAAGGUAUUUGCCAGUUUUGAUUGGAACCCUCAUGGAGCAGACGGUCACCCAUCAAAUGGAGACCUUCUCAUGGUCGCCAUGCCUCAUCACUCCUUCAUCCUACAGAAGCAUUUCAGCAAUCAUCUGCACAGCACUCCGUACGGAUUCAAGGGCUACAAGGGGGCAGACUGGCUCCUAGAAAUGGAUGCUCCAAGAGCCAGCAUGGAGCCGGAUCCUUCAGGAGUAAAUCGAGUCAAGAGUAACUCACAUCAGAAAAAGGACGUUGUAGAUGCCAUUGGGCGCGAUGCAAAGGAUGUGAACUUGAAUGCUGUGUGUGCCCACUCCGACAGCUACAAUGUUGGCAAGGCCAUAGGCAUGGUGGCGCGGCUUGCCAGUAUCUCCCGAGCAUUCGGCACCCACCAUUACACAAGCCUAGACACCUCUAUCAAGUCCUGCCUGGAGAAAUGGCUGCGUGUUGAUGACUCCCUGGAGACCAAGUGGAAGUUCCACUAUGAUAAUGUGUGGGGAGGGAUGUUCCUCCGAGGUACUGACGGCGACCUUGGGUUCGGCACUGACUACGGCUUCCCCUACUACAACGACCACCACUUCCACCUUGGCUACUUCCUGUACGCCGCGGCCUACUAUGUGAAGCACAAUCGCAGCUGGGGGCAGGCCCACAAGGACCGCCUGUAUGCCAUUGCACGUGAUGUUGGUAAUCUUAGCCCAAAGGACACUCGGUUUCCCAUCGCCCGUCACAAGGACAUCUACACGGGUUUCUCCUGGGCGACAGGCGUUGUGCCCGGUGAGAGACAGGAGGAAUCUGCCUCUGAGGGUAUCAACUGUUACCAUGGUCUGUCAGCACUGGGCGACGCGUUCAACGACGCCAACUUGAAACACUCCGGUCAGGUCCUGUUAGCUAUGGAGCUUCUCUCGGUGCGCGAGUACUGGCAAGUUCGACAGCACAACCGCGCCCACUUCCCACAGGCCUUCCAGAAGACUGGCGUCGUUGGUCAGAUUGCUGAAAACGCCUUCUACGUCUACACCUUGGAUUGGGCAUGUGACCCAAACAAGUUUCCCAUGAGGCAUGGCUGCCUUGUUGGGAUACAGAUCAUCCCCCUCACGGCUGUAUCUAAGUUCUGGGUGGACAAGGAGUGGGCCCAUAGCAUCCAGCAGACGUGUGAGUGGGCGAUCGACCCCCAGUCCGCCCCGGACUACAAGUACACCGACCCCACCGACAUGAGGCAGCUGGGCGUGGGUUGGAAGGCAUUCUGUCAUGCAGGUCUAUCUCCCAUGGACGCCGCACACCAGACCGCUGCCGCCAACUACCUCCGGGAUAAAUCAGCCAACAACCUCGUCGGUGGCACCGGCGCCGCCAGCACCCUUCUCUUUAUCUACGCUGCGACAUAGUCGGAUUGUAAAUAUGUAACCUUCAUGUACAGUUUCACCAACAAUAAAGUAUUUCAUUUUGAA